AUGAAGCCAGGAAACCACACAUUCAGUGUCUCUGAAUUCCUCCUCCUGGGCCUGUCUGAGCAGCACGAACAGCAACCUCUCCUCUUUGGCCUCUUUCUGAGCAUGUACCUGGUCACCGUGAUGGGGAACGUUGUCAUCGUCCUGGCCAUUAGCUCUGAUCCAUGCCUCCACACUCCCAUGUACCUCUUCCUGGCCAACUUCUCCCUCACUGACCUAUGUUUAUCAUCUACCACAGUUCCCAGGAUGCUGGUGAACAUCCAGGUCCACAGGAAAACCAUCACCUAUGCGGGAUGCCUCUCUCAGAUUCACUUCUUCCUGUGGUUCAUUGGUCUAGAUGUCUUCCUGCUGGCGGUGAUGGCAUAUGAUCGGCUUGUGGCUAUCUGCUACCCCCUUCACUACACCUUGGUCAUGAGCCCCAGACGCUGCUUCCUGCUGGUGGGCAUGGCCCUCCUCCUCGCUCAGUCAUACUCUCUAACCCACACCGUUCUCCUGGCUCAACUGUCCUUCUGCUCUGACAACAUCAUCCCCCACUUCUUUUGUGAACUUCUCCCCCUGUUGAAGCUCUCUUGCUCCAAUACUUAUGCCAACCAAUGUGUGCUGACAUACUGGGGAGGGGCAUUAACCAUCUUGAUCCCCUUGCUGAUCAUUAUUUCUUAUGUCCGCAUUGUGGCUGCCAUUGUGAAGGUCCCAUCGGCGAGUGGCAAGUGGAAGGCCUUCUCCACCUGCAGCUCCCACCUCUCAGAAGUUUGUUUAUUCUACGUGUCUGCUAUUGGGGUCUACUUCGUUCCCUCCACUGCCGAUUCUGCCAGCAAGAACAGGAUGGCUGCGGUGAUGUACGCUGUGGUGACACCCAUGCUGAACCCAUUCAUCUAUAGCCUGAGGAACAGAGACAUGAAGCGAGCCUUGGGGAGACUCCUGAGUGGAAGGGCAUGGCAAUCUCCAUGA